CAGUUGUCGGUGGUGGCGCUGUGACGCACCCAGCUGUCCAACAGUGUGCUGGGGUUAUGGAGAGCGAAUGGUGCAGCCAGCUAGGAGAUGUCUGAGUAGAAACCUGCAUUGUUUUUCCAACACGAACAGCGUUAAAUCCCCGUGUUGACGAUGGGGCAAUGUGGUAUCACGUCGUCGAAGACGGUUUUGGUCUUUCUUAACCUGAUUUUUUGGGCCGCUGCUGGAAUCCUUUGCUAUGUUGGAGCCUAUGUCUUCAUUACAUAUGAUGACUAUGAUCACUUCUUUGAAGAUGUGUACACUCUUAUCCCAGCGGUAAUCAUCAUUGCAGUUGGAGCUCUCCUUUUCAUCAUUGGGCUCAUUGGAUGCUGUGCUACAGUGAGGGAGAGCUACUGUGGACUUACAACGUUUGUCGUCAUUCUUCUGCUGGUUUUCAUGACGGAAGUGGCAGUGGUGGUUCUCGGAUAUAUUUACAGAGCAAAGGUUGAAGAUGAAGUUAAUAGUUCUAUCAUGAAAGUUUAUGAUGAGUACAAUGGCACGAAUAGCAACGCCCAGAGCCGUGCCAUUGACUACGUUCAGAGACAGCUUCAGUGUUGUGGGAUUCACAAUUACUCGGACUGGCAACACACACGCUGGUAUGAACAAUCAAAAAACUACAGCGUACCCAUCAGCUGCUGCAAAUCUAACGCUGGAAGUUGCACGGGCUCUCUUACUCAUCCUGAAGAUCUUUACCAAGAAGGGUGUGAAGCGCUUGUUGUGAAGAAACUGCAGGAGAUCAUGAUGUAUGUCAUUUGGACUGCGCUGACAUUUGCUGCCAUGCAGAUGCUGGGGAUGCUGUGUGCAUGUGUCGUGCUGUGCCGGAGAAGCCGAGAUCCUGCCUACGAGCUGCUAAUUACCGGGGGCACCUAUGCAUAAAGAGAAAGUAUUUCUCACCAUAAUAUUAAAUGAGAAUUUAUAGGCGAGAACAUGGAAAAUAACCUAUUACCACACUAACCUUAAUGCACUAACCACAGUUAAGUUUUACCUGUUUUUUUUUCCAAAAAGCUAUUAUCCAAAUUCUUUAAAGGUCACUGAGAGUCAGACGCUCAUGUUGUUUGCUCUGAGGAUGGCAUGAGGUUUGUUCCUUUUUACCAACCGAAACCUGGAUGAUAAUGCUCAGAGUUCUAUGUGGGUAGUGCAAUUUCCUCGUUGGUUUGCACUAUAUCUAUGGCUAACACAUUGUAUUUUAUCUUUAAAAUCUGUCAUGUACUUGAAAGAAAGCAUAUAAUUUACUUUGUACCUCAACUGCUGUUACUUCUGAUACUAUUAUUCUACUAUGACAACUACCCCUGCAGCUCCUGCAGCUCAAAUGUUAUUUUUAAUCAGCAGUGUUUUGUCAAGAAACAGUAAAACCACAGUAGAAGUAAAGGACACCGCAUGUUUUUGUGUGUAAACUAUGUAACUUCACUGGCAUUUGUGUAUUCGAUCGUUAUUUUUCGAAUCCUUUAGUAUGUGGAGUAUUUCAAAUAGUAGCGUAUUCUUAUGACUUCACCUCAUAGCUGCUUUUGUUUUUGUUGCAGUUUCCUGAUGGUAGUUUUCGAAUGUGACUUGCUGAUAUGUAGCAACGGCAAGACUCAAGAAUGUAAAUGCAACAUAUUUAAAGAAAGGAAGUUUAAAAUUAAACCAAAUGUUUCCCGGUG